AUGACUCUGCUGGUCAAGGAAUCUGAUGGAACGGAGGCAAUCAAACCAAUGGGAAUGUUCUUUAAGCCAUCAGAGUACAAGAAAAAGAUAAAUCUAGGAACAAGGUGUUUGAUAGUGGAUGCAAUUACGACGUUAAGCAAGCUGAAACCGAAGCUGUCUAACGCGGAGUGGAGCUGGUUUGCGGAGCAUCCUCAAUUCAGACACAUUUUCCACAUGAAAAGAGAGAACCACAGGGUUCAGGAAAUGUGGAUGUUGUUGCUGCGGACUACUUGUAGCAAUAAGAGAAGAGAAGUGCGGUUCAUUGUCAAUGGCAUUCCCAUCCGGUACGGUCUGAGGGAACACGCUUUGAUAUCAGGGUUAAAUUGUCACAACUAUCCUCUCGGUUACAAGGAGUGUGGCGGGACAAAGUUUGUGGAUCGACAUUUCAAGGAAGGAGAAUUUAGAAGGUUGGAGGAUGUGAAAGCAAAUCUGGUGAACAUUGGACCCCAUAGAGACAGACUGAAUAUGGCGGUUCAAUUCUUCUUAGGAAGUGUUAUUUGUGCACAAACGAAGGUUGGAAACGGAGCUAAUGAUGUCUUGGAACUUUUCCAAAGAGAAGUGGAUGAUCUUGACUUCUGGCGGACCUUUCCAUGGGCGAGAUACUCAUUUGGUUACAUGUUAAAGGAGAUCUCUCAUACAAUGGAUCAUUUUGGAGGGUCGGUGAAAGAGAAUAUAUUGUGGCCUCUUCCAGGUUUCGGUGUUCCACUAGAGCUUCUUGCAUUCGAGACAAUUCCUAAGCUGGGAAAGGAGUUUAGAGUACCUGUUGAAGGAGCUGAUGUCUAUUGUCCGAGGAUGUGCCAGACAUCAUUCAAACGAAAUGGAAUGAAAGGAGUAUCAGUUUCUGAGAUAAAUAAGGCAUUGGGUGAAGAAACCGGUAUUGACAGCAUCAUUCCCACCAAAACUCCACAAGAAAGAACUCUCUUGGAUGACAAUUUGGAAGAUGAAACCGAUGUUGAUAAGCCUGAUAUAGCUGUGGACAGUUGGGAAAAGCGUCUGGAUGAAGGAUUGUCAAUCUUUUUUAAAGACAUGUUUGAUGAAGGUGUGGCCGCACGAGAAAAACAGGCAGAAGAGAUAGAAGAUGCAGCAGGGGAUGGAGUACAUUUAGCUGUGCAGUCGAUUGAACAGGGGGAGGGUAUGAAGAUGCUGAAAACGAUGCUGAGACUGAUCAAGAGAGUUGACAAGAAGGUUGGCCAAUUGGAUGAGAUAUUGCUCCCGCUUGAGGCUUUUGUGAAGGACGUAGAGAAACGGAAACAGAGAAAGAAGUGA